AUGUGGGCAGCUGGACAUUGCCCGAGCUUGGGAACAGCUCCACCACCAUCUGCAGGCCCUAUGCCUGCCUCCUGUGACCAUGAGACUGAUCAGCUGACCCCAUACCCGGGACUGCACAGGUGGGAGGCAGACCAGCAUUGGCAUUUGAAAGUAUACAGAGUAAUUCAGGCUCAAACUGCCUUUUCUUCAAACCCUGCCAACCCAGCAAUUUUGUCAGAAGCUUCUGCCCCCAUUUCACAAGAUGGAAAUCUCUAUCCCAAACUGUAUCCGGAGCUUUCUCAAUACAUGGGCCUGAGUUUAAAUGACGAUGUACAUGCUGUGGCCCCUGGAACACCAAUUCAGGGGCAAUUGGUAGCAAGACCUUCCAGUAUAAACUACAUGGUGGCCCCGGUAACAGGCAAUGAUGUUGGAAUUCGUAGAGCAGAUAUUAAACAAGGGAUUCACGAAGUCAUUUUGGGUAAGGAUCAAGAUGGGGAAAUUGGGCUUAGGCUUAAAUCAGUAGAUAAUGGUAUAUUUGUUCAGCUAGUCCAGGCCAAUUCUCCAGCUUCAUUGGUUGGUCUGAGAUUUGGGGAUCAAGUGCUCCAGCUCAAUGGUGAGAACUGUGCAGGCUGAAGUUCUGAUAAAGCACACAAGGUGCUCAAACAAGCUUUUGGAGAGAAGAUUACUAUAACCAUUCAUGACAGGCCCUUUAAGCGGGCAUUUAUGCACAAGGAUAGUACUGGACAUAUUAAGUGA